AUGGGUGCCAAAGACGUUCUGUCUCGAAAGGAAGGCGUCAUUGUUGGCGAUGAUGUCCUGGCUCUGUUCAAGUAUGCUCAGGAGCACAACUUCGCCAUUCCAGCAAUUAACGUGACCUCUUCCUCAACCGUCGUGGCUGCCCUUGAGGCGGCUCGAGACAAUAGCUCCCCGAUUAUUCUUCAGACAUCCCAAGGUGGUGCUGCUUAUUUUGCAGGCAAGGGUGUCAAGAAUGACCAGCAGCAAGCGUCCAUUGGUGGAGCCGUUGCAGCCGCCCACUACAUUCGAUCGGUAGCUCCUCUGUACGGCGUCCCGGUGGUCUUGCACACCGACCACUGCGCCAAGAAACUCUUGCCCUGGCUCGACGGAAUGCUGGACGCCGACGAGGCCUACUUCAAGGAGCACGGCGAGCCUUUGUUCUCCUCUCACAUGAUCGAUCUGUCUGAGGAGGCUGUGGACUGGAACAUUGAGACGACCGCCAAAUACCUUAAGCGGGUGGCACCUAUGAAGCAAUGGCUCGAAAUGGAAAUCGGCAUCACCGGUGGUGAGGAGGAUGGUGUCAACAACGAAUCGGUCGACAACAACUCGCUCUACACCCAACCCGAGGAUAUUCACAACAUCUACACCACCCUGAAGAAGAUCUCGCCCUAUUUCUCGAUCGCCGCCGGUUUCGGCAACGUUCACGGUGUCUACAAGCCCGGAAACGUCCGUCUUCACCCGGAAUUACUCGACAAGCACCAAAAACACGUCCAGCAGAAGGAAAAGACCGAGACUGACAAGCCAGUCUUCCUUGUUUUCCACGGCGGUUCCGGCUCCUCGAAGAAGGAGUACACGGAUGCCAUUGGCUACGGUGUGGUCAAGGUCAACCUUGAUACCGACUUGCAAUGGGCCUACCUGACUGGUAUUCGCGACUACAUCUUCAAGAAGGCCGAUUACCUCAAGACUCAAGUCGGCAACCCCGAAGGCGAGGACAAACCCAACAAGAAAUAUUUCGACCCUCGUGUUUGGGUGCGUGAGGGAGAGAAGACGAUGGCCGCCCGUGUGUCUGAGGCACUGAAAGACUUCAACGCGGCUAACCAGCUGUAA